AUGCGCUCCCUGACGCUGUUUCUAUUUGCUUUCGUCACCUUGGUGCUCGGACAGCCUCUCAACCCGGUGCUGGGACAGUCCAUCUACCCGGACCAGGAUGAAGAUGCGUGGAGGAUCGUAGACAAGAAGAAGAUUGCGUUUAAUACGACGCUGAGGCAUUACACAAUCGGGCUAUGGCAACAGGCUCCACCCUCCGCGAUGCUGGGAGGCAUCCCCUUUCGUAUACUCGAUGCCAAGGGGUGGGGCACCGACGGCAACCAGGGGAACCAGACCCUGCGCCACAUCUCCUCGACUACCUUCACCAUCUCCGACGGGGAUCCGGGGACCGGACCAGCUCCUUCGAGACCAUCGACGACCUUGCGAGAGCCGACAAAAACCAUGGUCCUGUCAAGAACCGCGCCGGCUGAUCCCUCGAGCAGUCCUCCGGCCGAGACCUCGAUGAGCCCUUUGCCGCUAUCUCCUGGGCAAUCAGAGGCCGCUUCUCCGACAGAUCUCUCGAUUACUCUGGCCAAGAUGCCUGUAGGAACGUCAGAAGACCCAGGUCUCACACGGACCACGGGCGAAAGAGGACCGGUGUCGACCGGAAACGACCAAGCAACCCAGACCGACGAGACCGACAGUGGCGGAUCAUCCGCCGGUUUACCGGUGGGGGCGAGGGCUGGGAUCGGCGUCGGCGUCGGCAUACUCGGCGUCACCUGCAUCAUCUGCGCGGCGAUGCUGUAUCGGCACCUGAAGAUGAACCAGAGGACUUUGGUGGAGGCGGGGGAGUCGACAAUGACGCAGCCCCCUGCCUAUUUCCACGGGAUGGCGUCCUCGCCCGUCUCGCCCAGCUCGGCAGUACAGUCGUCCGUCAAAUCGAACCAUCAGGCGGCCGGAUUCUACGUCAACCCGAAGCCCGUCGAGAUCGAUUGA